AUGGAGGGGCUGUGGGUGCACGGAGUCCUGCUGCUCUGCCUGCUGCUGCCCUGCCCUGCAGGGAGCCAGACCAGCCCCAUCCCCAACCAGCGAUGGUGGACAUACCCCGAGGAGGCUCCGUCCCAGCACCAAGCUGCCAGGGCCACACAGGAGCAGAAGGCAGAUGGUGCCCAGGAGGGGCUGCCCCAGCGGACCCGCUGUGUCCGCUGCUGCCCCUCGCCCGACCAGCACUUCUCCUACCCCCAGUACCAGCCUCGGCCUCAGAUCAACAUGACCAUCCUGAAAGGCGAGAAGGGGGACCGUGGUGAGCGUGGCAUGCAGGGAAAGUUUGGCAAGACCGGAGUGGCUGGCAGCAGGGGCCACGCAGGACCCAAGGGACAGAAGGGCAGUGUGGGUGCCCCAGGGGAGCGCUGCAAGAACCACUACGCUGCCUUCUCGGUGGGCCGCAAGAAACCCCUGCACAGCAACGACUACUACCAGACCCUCAUCUUCGACACAGAGUUUGUCAACCUCUACGACCACUUCAACAUGUUCACCGGCAAGUUUUACUGCUAUGUCCCUGGGAUCUACUACUUCAGCCUCAAUGUGCACACCUGGAACCAGAAGGAGACGUACCUGCACAUCAUGCGUAAUGAGGCGGAGGUGGUGAUCCUCUACGCCCAGGUGAGCGACCGCAGCAUCAUGCAGAGCCAGAGUGUCAUGCUGGAGCUGCAGGAGCAGGAUGAGGUCUGGGUGCGGCUCUACAAGGGUGAGCGCGAAAAUGCCAUCUUCAGUGACGAGUAUGACACUUACAUCACCUUCAGUGGCCACCUCAUCAAGUACAGUGGGGACCCCUGA